AUGUUUACUAUCAGACCAGCACAUGGAAUUAUUGCUCCAAAUGAGAAAAAGGAGAUCUGUAAUAUGCGGCCGCGGGAAAUAUUUGAAAAAUAUAAGCCUGAAGGUGUUAAGCGUAUUCAGUGUCAAUUUAGAAACGCUAAUGGACAGCCGGUUCACUCAUCUGAUCCGAAAGUCACCACAGAAAGCAUGCGAUAA